CCGCGGAUGGUACGUUCCGCACGUGAGCUGGGUGCUGGUCUGGCCGGCGACGCGCGUGCCCUGUGGCCAAACACUGCCCGGAGUGAGAGCAAACUACCGGUGCAGUGGGGCCGGCGCGAGUGUGCGUGUGUGUGCGCGCGUGUGUGCGAGAAAGAGGGAGAGAAAGAUAGAAAGAGUGAGUGAGAGAGCGAGGUGGUGGGGGGCGGACUAACUGCUUCACACUUUUAACACUGCACUGAAGAGAGAGAGCGCGCGAGACUGGAGACGCACAGAUCCCCCAAAGAUCUCCCGAGGCUACCGUCCCACAGAUUAUAGAACAGAGCCCCCAAAAUCGAAACAGAGGAAACGGGCAGCGGUUGAACAUGGACGAAGGAAUUCCUCACUUGCAAGAGAGGCAGUUACUGGAACAUAGAGAUUUUAUAGGACUGGACUAUUCCUCUUUGUAUAUGUGUAAACCCAAAAGGAGCAUGAAGCGAGACGACAGCAAGGAUACCUACAAAUUACCGCACAGAUUAAUAGAAAAGAAAAGAAGAGACCGAAUUAAUGAAUGCAUUGCUCAACUGAAAGAUUUACUGCCUGAACAUCUGAAAUUGACAACUCUGGGGCAUCUGGAGAAAGCGGUAGUCUUGGAAUUAACUUUGAAACACUUAAAAGCUUUAACAGCCUUAACUGAGCAGCAGCAUCAGAAGAUAAUUGCUUUACAGAAUGGGGAACGAUCUCUGAAAUCGCCCAUUCAGUCCGACUUGGAUGCGUUCCACUCGGGAUUUCAAACAUGCGCCAAAGAAGUCUUGCAAUACCUCUCCAGGUUUGAGAGCUGGACGCCCAGGGCGGUGUGUGUCCAGCUGAUCAACCACUUGCACGCUGUGGCCACCCAGUUCUUGCCCACGCCCCAACUAUUGACUCAACAGGUCCCUCUGAGCAAAGGCACCGGCGCGCCCUCGUCCGUCGCCCCCGCCGGGUCCGCAGCCGACCCAUGCCUGGAGCACGCGGGGCAGAAGCUGGAGCCGCUCGCCCAUUGCGUGCCCGUCAUUCAGCGGACUCAGCCCAGCGCAGAGCUCGCGGGCGAGAACGACACGGACACCGACAGUGGCUACGGUGGUGAGGCCGAGGCCCGGCCGGAUCGCGAGAGGGGCAGAGGCACGGGGGCGAGCCGCGUCACCAUCAAGCAGGAGCCCCCCGGGGAGGACUUGCCCGCGCCCAAGAGGAUGAAGCUAGAUUCCCGCGGCGGCGGCCCGGGGGGCGGCGCGGCGGCGGCGGCGGCGGCAGCCGCGCUCCUGGGGCCAGACCCUGCCGCCGCAGCCGCGCUGCUGAGACCCGACGCCGCCCUGCUCAGCUCGCUGGUGGCGUUCGGCGGAGGCGGGGGUGCGCCCUUCGCGCAGCCGGCUGCCCCCUUCUGCUUGCCUUUUUACUUCCUCUCGCCAUCGGCGGCCGCCGCCUACGUGCAGCCCUUCCUGGACAAGAGUGGCCUGGAGAAGUACCUGUACCCGGCAGCGGCCGCCGCCCCGUUCCCGCUGCUGUACCCCGGCAUCCACGCCCCGGCGGCCGCGGCAGCCGCAGCCGCCGCCGCCGCCGCUGCAGCAGCCUUCCCCUGCCUAUCCUCAGUGUUGUCGCCCCCGCCCGAGAAGGCGGGCGCCACCGCCGCGACCCUCCUGCCGCACGAGGUAGCGCCCCCUGGGGCGCUGCACCCCCAGCACCCGCACGGCCGCACCCACCUACCCUUCGCGGCACCCCGCGAGUCCGGGAACCCCGAGAGCCCUGCUCAGGAAGAUCCCUCGCAGCCGGGAAAGGAAACUCCCUGAAUCCUUGCAUCCCUUUCAUAUAAAGGAUGGAGGUUCAAGCAGAAUCAUCUUCAUCAUAACUUAAAACGCGCUUAACGUUUCAAAGGGAGGAAGUGUAAUAGAUGCACGACAGGCUUUUUUUUAAAAAAAAAAAAAAAAGACAAAACAAAAAAACAGGUGUUUGUGUACAUUUGGAGUUCCUCUUUUGCUCAUCACUGCUCCACCCUCCUCACACUAACAGUUCCCUCUUCCCCCUAGCUGCUGAAAAGAUCGUCUCCAACACAUAUUGAUUCUAUUUUUCUUUAAACACUCCCCCCCCCCAAUAAGUUUUGCCUCCCUUUAGGCCAUGUUCCAUAUCAUCUUUAAAACAUAAUUCUUGAUAAAGUCAGAAGGGUCUUCUCUAUGGGUGAGCUAAAUGAACCAGGGGAGGGACAAAGGUGUUUAGAGGAGAUGACAACCAACAGCAGGCAAUUAUUAUUUACCUGUAUCUCAAAGCUGCCCUGCCUGUUUUAGGAGGCUUUCCACAAAUACAAGCAGGAACUUUUAGAAUUAAAUUUACUCUUCAGUAUUUUAUAACGUUCAGCUUUUUUAAAAAAGCAUUUAUUUUUCAAAAAGAAGUGAGGAUGCAGUUGCUUAGGUUGCAACCUAUUCUGAAGUGAUUGAAAUGGUAUUCCUUAGUAAGUUGCACUUGCCUAAAGAAACUCGAAGUUGGGCCAUCCUCAGAACUAAAUCAGGGAAGGAGGUGGAUGAAGGCCAGAAUCAUUCUUGGUACACUUGCUAGCACUUUAUUGAGAAAUGGACCAUAAUUCAAUUGACUCAUCUUAAUUUCUUCUUAGUCACUAUAUAUAUCGAGGGCAUCUAUUCCCACUGUCAUUGUUUAAUUCAUGUGUUCCUAAAUUUUUGUAAUCUUGCUGUAAAAAAAAAAAUGAAUGUGCACUGAACUUAAAAUAACAAAACAAGUACAAAUGGGUUUAUCCUGUAUUCCCUUAAAUCUCAAAGGUGGAGGAAAGAGUUAAACUGGUCGGUUUUGAUUGGAAAUGCUGUAAAGAUGUGGAAUAAAGCCCUCUGAGGCCUUCCUGUCUCCAAGUCUAUGUAUUUUCUGGAGACCAAACCAGAUACCAGAUAAUCACAAAGAAAGCUUUUUUUAAUAAGGCUUAAACUGAGACCUUGCUAGAUAUUUUUAGUUUGUUGCCAAGGUAGCACUGUGAGAAAUCUCACUUGAAUGUUAUGUAAGGGGUGAGACACAACAGUCUGACUAUGAGUGAAGAAAAUAUCUGGGUCUUUUAGUCAGUUUGGUGCAUUUGCUGCUGCUGUUGCUACUGUUUGCCUCAAACGCUGUGUUUAAACAACGUUAAACUCUUAGCCUACAAGGUGGCUCUUAUGUACAUAGUUGUUAAUACACCAAUUAAUGAUGUCUGACAUGCUAUUUUUGUAGGGAGAAAAUAUGUGCUAAUGAUAUUUUGAGUUAAAAUACCUUUUGGGGAGGAUUUGCUGAAAAGUUGCACUUUUGUUACAAUGCUUACGCUUGGUACAAGCUUAUGCUGUCUUAAAUUAUUAAAAAAAAUAAAUACUGUCUGCAAGAAACCAGCUGGUUUAGAAAAGUUUAGUAUGUGAUGAUAAACUAGAAAUUAUCUUUAUAUUCUAGUAUUUUCAACACUCCAUAAAUUCUAUUACCUAAAUAUUUCCAUACUAUUUUGUGAUUUAAAUAUUCUUACUAAGGAAUAAAAACUUUAAUAUAUGA